CUGGGAAGAGCCGUUUGGAAUUUUCCACGCAUUCUUUUGUCCGUGGAUCAGUGGGAAUGCCUUCCUCUGACCUGAACAGCUGCACCUGAUCUCCGAGGUUCCUUUCUUAGCAGUGCACGUCACACACGCACGCGCUUCUGCCUUUUCAUUCCUAGAACAUCAGCCGAGGAAUCUGUCCUCUGUGGACGUGGAAGUGGGGGGAGAGGGGGGAGUUGGAAAAGCUGCUGAUCUCCGGGGGCGCCGGCUUGUCAUUCAACUCUCAUCAGUUCAUCCGGGAGGAAGAGGAGGAGGAAGAGGAGCUGGAGAUCCAUGACGGUGUCCAGGUGUCCAGGUCCGCUCAUCUUCCUGUUGGAGCCCUGCAGCAGGAAGGUGACAGGAAUCUCAAACCACUUUAGACAGACUUCCUGCUGACUUCCUGCUGACUUCCUGCUGACUUCCUGCCGACUUCCUGCUUCCCACCAAGCCUCAGGUCGGGUCCAGCCGGCGGCUCCUGAUUGGUUCCCACCGAGGCAGAGGGACACGGCGCCGCCUGCAGGCAGACGGACACCAUGGACGUCCUCUGGCUCGUCCUCCUGUCCUGCCUCCCGUCCUGCCUCUGCGACAUGCUCUGUCCAAAGCGCUGCACCUGCCAGAACCUGCUGCCGUCCUACACGGUGCUGUGCGCCAAGACGGGCCUGCUCUUCGUCCCGCCAAACAUCGACCGGCAGACGGCCGAGCUCCGGCUGAUGGACAACUUCAUCACCACGCUGAGACACCGAGACUUCGCCAACAUGACCAGCCUGAUCCACCUGACCCUGAGCCGGAACACCAUCAGCCAGAUCAGACCCUACACCUUCGCCGACCUGCAGGACCUCCACGCCCUCCACCUGGACGCCAACCGCCUCACCGUCCUGGACGACUCGCACUUCCAGGGGCUGGUGAACCUCAGGCACCUGAUCCUGGCCAACAACCAGUUGCACAGCAUCUCAGAGGGGGCCUUCCAGGACUUCCUGGAGACGCUGGAGGACUUGGACCUGAGCUACAACAACCUGGUGGACAUCCCCUGGGACACGGUGUCCCUGCUGGUGAGCGUCAACACGCUGAGCUUGGACCACAACCUGAUCGAGAGCGUCCCCGAGGGAAUCUUCUCCAACCUGCACAAACUGGCCAGGCUGGACAUGACGUCCAACAAGCUGAAGAAAAUCCCCCCGGACCCGCUCUUCCUGCGGAUCCCGGUCUACGCCAAGAUGAAGGGCUCUCCGCUCACGGCGCUGGUGCUGAGCUUCGGGGGAAACCCGCUCCACUGCAACUGUGAGCUGGUGUGGCUGCGGCGGCUGACCCGCGAGGACGACCUGGAGACCUGCGCGUCCCCCAGAGACCUGGCCGGGAAAUACUUCUGGACCAUCAGAGAGGAGGAGUUUGUCUGCGAGCCACCCAUGAUAACACGCCACACCUCCAAGAUGUUUGUGAUGGAGGGUCAGGAGGUCAGCCUGCGCUGUAAGUCCAUCGGGGAUCCGGAGCCGUCCACGCACUGGGUCAGCCCGGACGGGAAGCUGAUCGGGAACACGUCCAGAACCGUCUGCUACGAGAACGGGUCGCUGGACAUCCUGAAGGCGUCUGUCAAGGAUUCUGGGAAAUUUACGUGCAUCGCGUCCAACGCAGCCGGCGAGGCCACCGCUCCCGUCGAACUGGUCGUCAACGCCUCGCCACACUUUGGGCCCAAACUGGAGCCGGACCCAGGGCCCUCAGACAUCCCCACAUCCAUCAAAUCCAACGUGAGCGGGGGCCAGCCCAGGGCCGACCCGCAGCGGGUCAGCGUGUCGGACCUGACCUCCAGCUCCGCCGUCAUCCGCUGGCCACCACAGAACCACAUCCCAGGGGUCCGCAUGUACCAGAUCCAGUACAACAGCUCCACCGACGACAUUCUGAUCUACAGGAUGAUCCCGGCCAAUCACAAGUACUUCCUGCUGAGCGACCUGGCGGCGGCGCGGGACUACGAGCUUUGCGUCCUGGCGGUCUACGACGACGGUGUCACCACGCUGACUGGAACCAAGAUGGUGGGCUGUGUCUCCUUCACCACCGACUCAGAGUACGGCCGCUGCCACUCCAUCCGGGACCAGUUCCUGGGCGGCACCAUGAUCAUCAUCAUCGGCGGGAUCAUCGUGGCGUCUGUGCUCGUCUUCAUCUUCAUCCUGCUGAUGAAGUACAAGCUCCAUAGCAACCACUACAAGCAGAAAGCCGCGGCGCGUCACGCCAACGUCUGCUCCCAGACCAACGGAGGCGGAGGGGGCGGAGCCAGCGGUGUCCUGGCGCUGCCUCCGUCCGCCGCGGGGGGUGCAGGCGUUAAUAAAAGCUGCGCGCCGGCAGCAGAGGGAGGAGCUUCUCUCAGAGGGACGACCGUGGUGGACCUGAACCCGAGUCUUGACGAGGACGCCACGUCCCAAUAACAGGAAGCCGGACGCUCAGCGCCGACUCCCCUUCCUGUUUGUUUCACUGCGUUUCUUUUUCUGCUCCGUCCUGGAGUCAAACUGGACUUCCUGUGAGGAGCAGCGGCGCUCGGCGGUGUUCUGGCUGUGAUGAAGGGAACUGGGACCGCCUCUGGUCCAGAUCCGGUCCGGGUUUCAGCCUGCUGAUGUUCUGGACCCGGUGAGGUUCUGGCAGAACUCAAGGUCGGUCCAACCAGGAAGUUGUGGUGCCGCUGCUCCUCUCCUCAUUAUACGGUCACAUGAUAAGGAUUACUGUGGGAGCAGCGCCUCCUGCUGGACGCCUUGGCCUGAGAAACAAGCGAUGGAAGGACGACCUCUGACCUCCAGACGUUUCUUCAUCCCUCCUCCCUCUCUCUGUUUUAGGAACAAACGGUUUGCGUCCGUGAUGGACGCUGCUCCGUGUGGGACAUAAAAACUGAGCAGCGCCUGAAACGCCGGCGGACUGAACCGAUGGCGAAUGUAUGAAGUGGUUUUAAAAGAUGGCCGCAGAUGUUGCGUUGUCCCCUCCCUCCCCUGUUGCUGUCUGACAGUGUCUGUGUUUGUAUGUGACAUCCACCUAACGGUCUUCAGAAUUUACUUUAACCAUAACGAAACAAACGGAGAAAAACAACUGCAACGUGAAAUGGGAAUUUUAUGCUUUCAUAGACACAAAUAUGUGGAUUUAUAAUGAAAUAAAAAGUAUUUUUCUUGGAAAA